CCUCCAUAUCUCAAAAUCUUCCAGAUUCUGCCAUCAACGUACACAUUAUUUGCCUCCUAUUUCAACUUGUUUCCCUUAUUUUGCACGGCUCAAAACUGCCUCAUAGUCAGUCACUGGCUGAAAAACAAACAAACGAAACUGGUUCAUUCAUAUCCCCAGUUCACCACUCUAUAUAUUCAUUCAUUCUUAUGGUGCCUUCCGAAUUUUGGGUCCCUUGGUUGCAGAUACGAAGAAGAACAAACUCAAGUCAGCACGAGUGGUAAGAGAUUGCGGUUUGAUUUUCUUGUACAUGGAGCAAAGUUAGUCGAGAAAAUCUAACGGAUUAUCCUUGCUGCCGAUGGAGGAUACUCUUCUGCUAGAAGAAGUGUGAGUGAGAAUUUUUUUUCCCCUUUGGCGGUCAAGGUUUGAACUCGAGAUUUCUUGUUAAACUUGAUCAGUCUUUUUGUCAAUUGAUCCAAAAGGCGGGUGUGGUGAGUGGGAAGUUUUCAUGGCGAGGAAAAUCUUAGAAAGAGAAGAAAGUGGUGUUAAGGGAAGAAUUUGGGGUGAGGAAGAAGCAGCAAAAGAGAGGAAAGAGGUGAAAGCAGUGAAUGUGAUAUACUACCUUGCUAGGAAUGGCCAGCUUGAGCAUCCACAUCUCAUGGAGGUUCCUGUGUCUUCCUCUCAGGGAUUGCUGUGUCUCAAAGAUGUGAUUAAUAGAUUGAGUUUUCUCCGCGGACAAGGAAUGGCUCAUUCCUAUUCUUGGUCUGCAAAAAGGAGUUACAAGAAGGGGUAUGUGUGGCAAGACUUGAGCGAGAACGAUUUCAUAUACCCAUGUAAUGCUCAUGACGAGUUCAUCCUCAAAGGCACACAACUCAUUCAAUUUUCAUCUUCAAGCUUUCGAUCCAACAACGAAGCAGUAACUUUAAUAUCACCAUCAAGCUCCAAAUAUUCCUCUGAAACUACCAGUUUCAUCAGCACAGAUACAGAUUCCCCUGAGACCACCAAGAAGACGACGAAGACGAAGAAGGAGCCAUGGAAUAAGUUAGCUGCCAUUAAUGCAUCAACUCAGACUGAUGUAAAAGAAAGGAACGACGAAGAAGUUGUAGUGGAAGAGAUUAGUAAUGGUGAGGCUAUUGGUUUACCAGUUUCUGGGAAUGUUAAUUAUGACUCAUCAUCAGCAGAUAUCAGAGAAUAUUGCAGAAUAGAGAAUGAAAAUCAAAGUGCGAGGAUGAAGGCUUCUACGGUUCUGAUGCAGUUGAUCAGAUGUGUUUCAUCUAAAAAGCUUCAUGAUUCUGAGCAUGUAAGAGCAGAAAGAUAAACAAGGCAGUAUGAGUACUUACAACUUGGACGAUCCAUAAAAAGUUUGUAUUUAUAAUAAAUCUGGACAAGAGAAUUAGUGUUGACUGCAAUUAUAUAUAUAUAUAUAUAUAGGUUUUAACUCUAAUAAGUAGCAAUAACAGUAGCUUUUGGUCAA